AAGGUCAAACUGCACAACUAACUUGUGACGCGGAAGGAAACCCCACACCAACAGUCGAGUGGCUACUUGGAGGUACAUCAGUACAGACAGGACAAACGACCUCACUGACCUUGACGCUGAGUGGCAUAGAUCGGUCAGCUACAGAUAAUUACACCUGUCGGGUGGAGGGCGUAUCAUCUGUGCAGGGGAGACAACUAAUCACACAGAGAAUUGUUUAUACACUGGUUAAAUAUCCCCCAGAUGUAGUGGUGGUGGCGCCGCCUGAUGUAGAAGAGGGAGACAUGGAUAUCCGUUUGGUGUGUCAGACUGUAGGAGAACCCAACACGCUGACAAGUCAGUCCUGGACACAGACCAUUGACCAGACCCUCAUUGCUGACAGAUUCACGUAUGAAACAACAACACCGGACAAAAUAAUAUUAGAAGAGGUUUCCCUGUACGACACAGGGACGUAUACAUGUAGUGCUAGCAACGGUAUAGCGGACAGACAAGGGAAGAUUCUACAAUCCAACAGUACUGUGUUAAAUGUUAAAGUUGCCCCGAAAUUCAAUUCAAGUGGACAGAAUCACAACUUCUAUAGCAGGCUGCAUGAACAAGUGACCAUACAGAUUCCGUUCUACAGCAACCCUCCUGUUACAUCUACUGAUGACCUAGAAUGGACAAAGGUGUCCUCUGGUGCUCGGAUUGUCCCAUCUUUAAACAUCACCUUCGGACUUACUAAGGAUGAGCUCAUCGACUUGUCAAUCAAGGAAAGGACUGUUACAUUACCUGGUCAGACGACUGUUAUGACUCUGCUAUCAUUUGACCAGUCAUUAGCCGGGGACUACACCGUUACUGUUUACAACGACGGUAGAAGUCGACACUCUACUACAACCUUUUCUAUAGCUCCAUCUGGUGAGUCAAAAAUGAAAGACAAAUAAAAGAUUUAUAAGUAGAUCAAUAUGUUCUCUAGGUAU